GAACACAGUUUCUCACUCCACAAUUUGGACUUUUCUCCUCUGAACGGAACGUGAUAGCUAGAAGAUGAAGCUAUUUUGCGUUGUUUUGGUUAUUUACGUGUUGGCGUUAACACUAUACGGUGUCGAUGGACGUGGCGGUGGAACCACAAAUGGUCUCGAGAAAUCGAUGGGAAAUCAUUUCAGAGCACGGCGCCAUGCAAUUGGAGAAGCAGCUUUGGAAGGAACACAGUACGGCAACGAGCAACCCCCACCACCGCCACCUCAUUUCAGAUCGCGUCGUAAUGUUGUCAACACAGAGGAUCAUGGACCGCCCCAUGGUGCGAACGAUACUCCACACAUGAGACAUCGUCGACAGAUGCCCCCAGGACCACCACCACCACCAGAGGGAAUGCCUCCACCGCCUGAGGGAAUGCCACCGCCACCACAGGGAAUGCCACCACCGCCUGAGGGCAUGCCACCACCACCAUCUUAAAGAAAACGAACAAUAUGCAGACAUACGAACUUACUUAAUAUCUCAUAUACAGACCUAAAGCGCUUGUCUAGGGUAAGGGAUUCUCAUCCAAAAACGCAGUGAUAUUACCAACAAUAAAACAAAUUUAAAGCA